AUGGAGUUUCAAGCUGGAUUGUGGAAUAAGGAUUGGCCCUCGUUUCUCCGGUUUUGGUUGACUGUGUUACUGAGCCUUCAUGUCCAGUUCAGCCCAGCUGCCUCAUGCCCUGAGGAAUGCCGCUGCGACAAAACGUUUGUUUACUGCAACGAGAGGAGCCUAACAUCUGUGCCUCUGGGGGUACAGGAGGGUUACAAGACCCUUUACCUCCACAAUAACCAGAUUAACAAUGCUGGCUUCCCCGUGGAGCUGCACAAUGUGGCCUCUGUAGAGACUGUCUUUCUAUAUGGCAACCAGCUGGAUGAGUUCCCUCUCAACCUGCCCAAGAAUGUGCGUGUGCUGCACCUACAGGAGAACAACAUCCAGACUAUCUCCAGGGCAGCACUGGCUCAGCUUCCUCACCUGGAGGAGCUUCACCUGGACGACAACUCUAUUUCAACAGUAGGGGUGGAAGAAGGGGCUUUCCGGGAGGCUGUCAGCUUGAAAUUACUCUUCCUGACCAAGAACCACCUGAGCAGUGUACCCAUUGGACUCCCAGCUGAUCUGAAGGAGCUGCGGCUUGAUGAGAAUCGAAUUGCUAUAAUUGCAGAGGAGGCCUUCCAGAAUGUCACCACCCUUCAGCGGCUAUUGCUGGAUGGAAAUCUGUUAGUGGAUGAAGCUAUCGCUCCAGGAACCUUCCAGGAUCUGUCAAACCUGCGUGAGCUUUCUUUGGCCCGCAACUCACUUAUGACACCUCCUCGUCUGUUGCCAGGUACAUCCCUGGUUAAACUAAACCUGCAGGAGAAUCAGAUAGAAGACAUUCCAGUGACAGCCUUUGCUGGUCUCCAUCGACUGGAAAAACUAGAUAUUUCCAGCAACCAACUGCAGUCUCUAAAGCAGGGAGUCUUUGACAGCCUUGUCAGUCUUAGACUGCUCAAUGUGAGGAACAAUCUGUGGCGUUGUGACUGCUCUAUCAAAUGGGUUAUCGAGUGGCUUAAGUCCCUGCCGCAGUCCAUGCCCCAAUCUCUGAAUGUCCGUGGGUUCACUUGCCAGAGUCCAGAGAGGGUAAAAGGCAUGGUAAUUCGAGAGCUAACCUUGGAUGCCAUCCAAUGUCCGGUGGGAACAGAACUGUUGCCCUGGCCCACUCAACCUCAUCCAUCUCCAUCCGGCCAUCACAGCACCACCGUCACCUCCACCACUACCUCCUACUACACUACCUUUUACCCACCAUCUCCCAGCCCUACACUUCCAAUGCCUUAUUUCCCAUCCGGUCCCCUCCCUCCUUAUGAGGACCCCUUAAAAAUCUUUUUCCACAUUGUAAAUUCCACGUGUAUCGAGGUGAGCUGGGAAUCCUAUUUCACUGUAACGGCUUACAAGGUCACUUGGGUCAAGAUGGGGCAGAGCUUAAUGAGCGACGUCACCCGUGAGAGAACAGUCCCAGGGGACCUUAGAAAACUUAGCCUGUCAAACUUGGAACCAAGGUCUGUCUACCGCAUUUGCGUGUAUGUCCUGGACACUCUCAACUCCUACCGACCAGGAGAGGAUACAAUUUGCUCAGAAGCAAAAACUAAGUCCACCUCCUCCAACCCCAACAGCAAAGUCACUGAGUCAGAGCCAGCUGCCCAGCAGGAUAGCAGCUCCACACUCCUAUUGGCUGGGGUGAUAGGUGGAGCUGUCUUGGUUGUCCUGGUGACCCUGCUGAGCCUGUUUUGCUGGCACAUGCACAAGAAGAGCAGAUCAUCGUCGUCCAAAUGGAAAUAUAAUAGGGGCAGGAGAAAAGAUGACUACUGUGAGGCAGGCACCAAAAAGGAUAACUCCAUCCUUGAAAUGACUGAAACCAGCUUUCAGAUAGUGUCCUUGAACAAUGAGCAGCUUUUAAAGGGCGACUUCAGGAUUCAGCCCAUCUACACUCCUAAUGGUGGCAUCGGCUUCAGAGACUGCCACCUGAGCAACAAUAGCUUAGCAUACUGCAAGAGCAGCAAUGUUCCCACCGUGGACUUCUGCCACACGUGA